AUCCCUUUACAAGUGCACUUUAUACCAGUGAGUUUAUACACUACGUAGUGCACUAAAUACUCAAUGCAUUACUAUUUGAAAUACAGCCACAUUGAUAAGUAAACCAACCUGAUUAAAUACCGUUCAAGAAAACUUUGACCCUUCUACUAUAGAGGUAAUGUUGAGGGCUGUGUCGAAGUGCCUUUUGACCAAUCCUGUCUCUGGUGGAAGAAUGAUGUCAUACAGCAGUCUCACUGGAAAAGUUGCCAUAGUUACUGCAUCCACAGAUGGUAUUGGCCUGGCAGCUGCACAGGCGCUGGGGAGAAGCGGGGCUCAUGUUGUUGUGAGCAGCCGUCGACAGGCCAAUGUAGACAAGGCUGUGUCGCUGUUACGUAGUGAAAACAUUCAAGUGACCGGCACUACUUGUAAUGUGGGAAACAAAGAGGACAGAGAAAAACUGAUCAACAUGACUGUGGAGCAGUGUGGAGGUAUUGACAUACUGGUCUCUAAUGCAGCUGUGAACCCGUUCUUCGGGAACAUCUUAGAAUCCACAGAUGAGGUCUGGACUAAGAUAUUAGAUGUCAAUGUGAAGUGUUCAUUCCUUCUAACAAAACUUGUCGUGCCUCACAUGGAGAAAAGAGGAGGUGGCUCAGUUGUGUUAGUGUCUUCAGUAGCAGGCUACCAGCCAAUGACGGGUCUGGGUCCGUACAGCGUGAGUAAGACCGCAUUGUUGGGUCUAACACGAGCUCUCGCUCCUGAACUCGCACAGAGUAACAUCAGGGUCAACUGUGUGGCUCCAGGAGUCAUCAAGACACGCUUCAGUUCUGCUCUUUGGCAGAGUGAAGAGAUUGCUUCUGAGUUCCUGAAGAUGCUCAGCAUUAAAAGGUUGGGGAAACCAGAGGAUAUUGGGGGUGUGAUUGCUUUCCUGUGUUCAGACGAUGCCUCAUACAUCACAGGAGAGACCGUUACAGUCACAGGAGGCAUUAACUGCAGACUGUAGGGCUGGAGGAGUGUCUUGAUGAGCAGUUAUGGAAAAAUCACAACUUUUUUGUAUAAUUAACAUUAGGAUUUUUAAUUUAUGUACUAUUAAAGAAAUAUAAAAACAAAUGCACCUUUGCAUAAUAAUAUACAAUAAACCCCUUUCCUGCCUUUGA